AAAUUAUAUCAUAACCCUCAUCCAUUGUCUAAUUAAUUAAUUAAUUAAUCAAUCAAGGAAUUUAAGAAGAAAAAAAUUUGAUGUUUACUUGUUUUUAGAGUGGCAAAUAGUACAAAGCAUAAUUAUAAUUUUCCAAAAGGCUCUAUCUUUUUGUCUCUGUUUUGGGUGUGUUUAUAUUAUUUUGCUUAAAAUUUUUCUAAUUUGAGAGCUUUGAAAUUAAAAGAGCAAACACAGAAAGGGUAGUUUUUAGUUACUAGUAAGUAAUCAUUCAUGGAGAACAGAAGCAAUUCUUGCUCUUUGUAUUUGGUGGGUAUUUCUCUAUUUUUAUGGGCACUUCGAGUGGCAAUUGCAGGGAGAGAAGUUCCACUUUUGCAGAGCUAUCAGAAAGGGAGUUUUGGAUAUAACAAAUUGUUUCAUAACAUUUUUGACACUUCAAAGUAUGGAACUUUUCAGCUCAACAAUGGCUUGGCUCGAACUCCUCAAAUGGGAUGGAAUAGCUGGAAUUUCUUUGCUUGUAAUAUCAAUGAAACUGUCAUCAAGGAAACAGCUGAUGCACUUAUCUCAACUGGCUUGGCUGAUUUAGGUUAUGUGUAUGUCAAUAUAGAUGAUUGCUGGUCUGCAGCAACGAGAGACGCGAAGGGUCAAUUAGUCCCUGAUCCUAAAACCUUUCCAUCAGGAAUCAAAGCUCUUGCUGAUUAUAUACAUGGGAAAGGCCUCAAGCUUGGUAUCUAUUCUGAUGCUGGGAUUUUUACAUGUCAAGUUCGACCAGGGUCACUUCACCACGAAGAAGAUGAUGCUGAUCUGUUUGCUUCUUGGGGCGUGGAUUAUCUAAAGUACGACAACUGUUUUAAUCUCGGUAUCAAACCAAAAGAAAGGUACCCACCAAUGCGUGAUGCUCUAAAUGCAUCUGGUCGUACAAUUUUCUAUUCACUUUGUGAAUGGGGUGUUGACGACCCUGCUCUGUGGGCUGGAAAAGUUGGUAAUAGCUGGCGCACAACAGAUGACAUUAAUGAUUCAUGGGUAAGCAUGACCACCAUAGCUGAUCUGAAUGAUAAAUGGGCAGCCUAUGCAGGACCUGGUGGAUGGAACGAUCCGGAUAUGUUGGAAGUUGGCAAUGGAGGCAUGACCUACCAGGAGUAUCGUGCUCAUUUCAGCAUCUGGGCUCUGAUGAAGGCCCCACUUUUGAUUGGUUGUGAUGUAAGAAACAUGACAGCAGAAACUUAUGAGAUUCUAACAAAUAAGGAAGUCAUUGCUGUAAACCAAGACUCGCUUGGGGUUCAGGGAAGGAAAGUUCAAGCUUCUGGAACAGAUGGUUGCCUACAGGUCUGGGCAGGCCCUUUGUCUGGACAUCGCAUGGCUGUUGUUCUCUGGAAUCGUUGUUCAAAAGCUGCAACUAUUACAGCUAGAUGGGAUGCACUUGGGCUCGAAUCUGGCACCAGUGUCGCAGUGCGAGACCUGUGGCAGCACAAAGACAUUACAGGAGACUCUGUGGCAUCAUUUGGUACGCGAGUUGAUGCACAUGAUUGCGCAAUGUAUACCUUUACUCCGAAGACGGUUUUGCCUGCUGAAAGUUAGUUUCUUGUACAUGUCUAGUUCAGUUCAUGGUGUGAUUCCACUUGUGGGUAUAUGCUUCAACUUUAGUGCAUCGAGUGAGUGUGUAAAAACUUGGAUUGGAACUUAUAAAACAUUGUUGGAACAUGUAUAGACAAUAAAUUCUAGCGCAAUUAUGCAUUAUGGUGCUAUUAAAAUA